GUUGUGAUGACGUCACGAACUAUGAUGCUGCGAACGGUUGCAGUUGUUGAAUGAGGACGAAUGUGUUGCUUUUUGUUUUUACUACUUGUAACAGUCGUAGUAGUGGAAAGAACCAUACUACUGACGAAUCGAUCUCUCUCAUCAUGGUGCUACUGGUCUUGGAGCUGCUGCUGCUGUUAGUGUUGGUGGUGAUGAGGGUUGGGGUGUUAGCAUCGCUGAAGCUGAUGAACAUGUUGAUACUGCUGAUGUUGAGUGUGGUGGCGGAAGGAAGGAAGAAUAUGUUGCUGAUUUUCAAGAAAUAUUGAAGAAACUGCUAAGAAGUGUCAAUAUAAAAGUAGCAGAGGUAGAUUAUAUAUCAAUAGCUCCAAAGUAUAGAACAACUAUAAUACAAACAACACAAACAAGAACUUUAGUCAUGAAUGAAAUCAAGGAAUUUUUCCACUCUCACUUGAAAAUUAAACAAAACCAGACCUAAAAAAAGUGAUGGGCAAACUCAAGAAAUAUAUAAAAAUACGAGAAUUCCUAAUAAUACCUUGAUUUGAAUUCUUGUAUAGAAAUUGUUCACCAAAAAUUUCGACAUCCAAAAGGAGAAACGAGGAAGAAUUUAAAAUCUUUUUUCUUUUUUUAUUUACAGCAUUUUACGGAAUGGAAAACUUUAAAGCUUUGAAAGUUAGAUAAUUUCAAGGAAAAAAAAAUAUUAUGAAUUCCAAAACAUAACUUUCUGAUUAAUGUUUGCAUACACUUGUGUCUUUCAUUCAAUGUUACAGUAAAAAGAGAAAGAGUUAACGCAUAGCCUGAAAGUUUGCACCUGAAGUAAAGAAAAAAAAAAAGAGAAGGUAUUUCACUCGGAAACUUGAUAACUUUGAUAAUAGCGAAGGAAAUGUGUAUGGAACAGUAACUAUUGCUUGUUUUGAAAGUAUGCUAGAUUCUCUUGUGUAUAUGUAUAUAUGUAUAUAUGUAAUAUGACGAUUAAUAUAUAUUCUAAAACUAGUUAGUUGAAAUUGAUUCCACGUCGUGUAUUAACAUUGAAAUGACAGUGUUGAGACUAACUAGUUUCACUACUAGUCUCUUACACAGCGUAGAUAUAUGCAAAUAUACACUCCAUCAGCGAAUUCUAUCUGAAUUAUGCGAAAAAAAAGUUGUUUUAAUUUUCACGGGAAAAGAAGCCGAGCGAUUGGAUUUUAAUGAAUAGCAUCGUUACCAAUGGUUUAUUAUGGAAUUGACCUUAUGUUACCCCAAAAGCUGUUAUGCCUCCAAAAAGUUUGUUCAUGUUAUUUUAACCAAAAUGCUGGAGCUACCGACCAUAAAUCACCAAAAUACAUGCUGUGUUACUGUUUGGAGAACAAAACAACCAACGAAACCUUUGCAAUAUAGAGGAUUUAAAAAUAUAAAUGAAAACAAAUGAUAUUCAAAUACUUUUGUUUUUCUUUAAAUGAUUAUUUUAAUUAAUGUUACCUCUCUUUGUAUGAGGGUAACUCUUUAUCAAAAUAACAAUACAACUUUUCCUCUAAAUUGGAGGGCAAAGGGUCUUUUAGUAAUCUCAUUUAAAUUCUUCAAGUUAAGGUAGCAUUCAAACAACCCAAUUUCUCAAGUUAGAAAAUGAUUGUCAGGUUACAUGGCUCUACUUAGCAAUCAAUGCUAAUUCUAAACAGUGAGUUGAUCCAGAACAAAAAAGAAGUUAACUACUAAACCUUUCUUACCAUAUUCCAUAUUUCUUCACAUAUUUUAACAUGAUUUUGGAAUUUAGGGGGUCUGCGUUGACUUUAGAUUUGUACUCCCCUUUCAUAUCCAUCUAAUGGUAGUUUUCUUUCUCCCACAAAAUUUUAAAAUUACAACAAUUAAUAUUUAAGGACGCUGAAUCAAUUAUAAACAAUCAGACAUCAAAUUGUUAAUAUUCCUCAUCUAUUAUUUCUUCCCUGUAUAGCUUUAAUAAAUAGCAUAAAGUUAAUUAUGAAGACCCACAAUCCCCAAAUAAAUUCAUUAGUUAAAAAUUAAAUGUAAAAGUUUCGCUUUCAAAAUUGUAUACGUUUUUUUUUUGUUUUUAGAUAUUAAUUGUACGAUUCUUUAUUUAAAAGUUGACAGGAUGAAAUUGGAAGCCAUCUGAGUUUGAUAAUUGAAAAACAAAAAAAGCAUGGUACUAGAAAAAUGAUUUUUAUAGAAAUCAAUAUGAGUUUUAUUAACACAAGCUGGGUUUCUUGCAACGAGAGCGGGAAAAUACAAUCUUCAUGUGAAGAAAGUUAUGAGAACCAUAUGUAUAGAAACUUUUAUGAUGUUACUCAAAUGAUAACCGGACUGGUACUCUAUCCGAGUACGUGUGCUCUUGGUCUAAUUGGAAAUAUUUUAUGUUUAAUUGUUUUUAGUUUAAAAACCAUGAGGACGUCAACUAACAUCUACCUACAAGCACUUGCUGUAGCUGAUACAAUUAAGCUUGUGACGGAUUUUCUUUACUUCGUUGUCGUCCUUCUCCUUCGAACUGACAAAAAGCAAGGGAUUAAAUUGCAUGGAUGUCUCUAUCCUUAUGCUCAUUACUUGUUCAAUAUGUCUUUGUGUAUAUCAGCUUGGCUGACUGUUGGUGUUUCGGUCGAAAGAUUUAUUUUUAUAUGUCAACCGUUCAGAGUAAAACGUUUUUGUACUGUUCGGCGCGCUAUCAAAGUCAGUACAGUCACAUUCAUCCUAGGAACUCUCAUUUCAUUGCCCUACAUGCUUCGCUAUCGCACUAAAUCAGAAAUUGUUAACGGAACGGUUCAAGUGUCGGGUAUCAGUGUCACAGCACUUUGGAGCGAGAAACAAUUUGCUACCAUAUUCACUUGGGCACAUGCACUCUUAAGGUCUGCCAUUCCUCUUGUAUUGUUGGUUGGACUUAACAUUUUAAUUUGGAAAGGCUUGAAAAGACCAAGUACAAUCAAGAAAAGUGCUCGCUUGAAAUAUAAAGCUACACUGACUUUAAUAUAUGUAGUUGCUGUUUUCUGUAUUUGUGUUACGCCUGAUGCUAUUCUUAGUACAGUGUUAGGUCUAGGUUAUUACGAAGAGAAUUAUCUUGCUCGCGGAGUACGCGAAAUUACGGAUUACCUUCUCCAAGUUAAUUCUGCCGUCAACUUUGUUAUAUAUUAUUUUUCAUGUACAGCCUUUCGUAAUUCCAUCAAUUCCAUAUUGAUGUGUUCCUACUUUUAUAAUCCCGUCAGACAACUAUCGAUAAUGAAUGAGGACUCUUAAAAAAUAUGAAAAAAAUCCACAUCGCAAAUCUUGUGCGAAAUAAUCGUUCAUUAGAAGAUUUCAUCAAAAGACUCCCCUUGGUUUUGUCUCGAGGAGUAAAAAGCAAACUGAGAUAUUAGAGAAUUAUAUGCAGCAUUUAUGAUGAUUCUUCCUUUACGUGAAUGCUACAAAGUCACAAGGAGAGAUCGUAUGCUUAAGAAAGAUACCUCAGUGAAGUAUUGCUCAAUAGCAAUGCUUCAACAAUUACCAAGAUUCAAAGCGUUUACCAAGCAGAAAAAAAGGAUUCAGCGUGAAAAUUCAAAAUUCAAUAGAAAAACACGAUGUCAAAGACAAUUCAUAUCUCUUCCAUUUCGAAUUAUUCUAGAUGCUGGAAAGAACUAGACGAGAAGAAAGAAAGAAAGAAAGAAAGAAAGAAAGAAAGAAAGAAACAAUUCAGACCUCAAUGCAUAACAAGAAAAUUAUUAUGAAAGUCGAUAUCGGGAAGAUAAGCAUCUAGACUAAAAGUGUGAUUUCAUGAUAGCGAUACGAAAAUAGGGCCAGGUAUGUUGUUAAGCGAGGAGACUUUUAUAAGUACAUGGAAUUGCCAUUUUUUCUGAAAGGCAACGUUUUUUUUAUGCUGACAACACAAAAAUCCAUUACACAGAAAAAAUUGCUUUUACUAUUUUUAUUCUCUUGGUUGUAUCAUGUAAACAUGAGCCGGUUACUACAUGAAUCAGGUACCACGUUAUCUAUAAUAAAGCAAAAAUCCUUAAUGAUUAAAGACAAAAUAAUAUCAAAACAUUUCCUUA